AUGAGUCGACCUCAUCAGCCAGAAAAGUCUCGGGCCGCUCCUAUAUUCAAACAGCCUCCAAUCCCCGCGCAGUCGAACCCAAUUCCCUCCUCUUCUCCAGCAUUUGCAACUCCGGCCCAUCCUGUGCGCCCUUUCAAUGUUGCUGCAGCUCCAGCGAGAGGCAUUAUACUGCCAAUUCUUCUUCCUCCCGCGACAUUGCGGCCUCUGGCAUUCCGGACGUUUACCAAAAAGCAUAGCUUGACUCUGACAUCGUCCGCCUUACAAGUGUUAGCGACUUUUAUUGGAAGACAUUGUGGUACUGGAUGGCGGGAAGAAGGAUUGGCAGAGCGCGUACUGGAGGAGGUUGCCAAGAGCUGGAAGAACAGGAAUGGAGGGGUUAUUGUCGAAGGGGAGGGCAAUGAUCUGAAGGAUAUCCUACGAAAUUUGGAAGGGAGCAUGAGUGGAGGAAGAAUUGUUACAGCCAAAGAAUUGAGUCGCCAGAACAGCCUUGUACUCGGAUCUUCUCAACAUGCAGAGGUGUCUCAUACCAGACUCGGGUUACGACCGAACGUUUUGGAGCGAGAGGAUAGCCAAUCGAGUCUUGGGAUGUCGACCUUGGGUGUGGAAGAUGAAGAAGAUGAUGAUGAGAUUAGAGACCCUAGGAAGUGGCUGAGAGUUAUUGAUGCUUUUGAGCAACCUCGACUUGUAUAUAAUGUUGGCAAGAAGCAUUUCGAUAGAGAAACUUCGAAACCAUCACUACUUCCUUCGCCCUCACAUAAGACUCAAGUCUUCCGCAACCGAUAUAAUCUCAUUCAUCAGCGCCUUCUUCGAAACGAAGCCUUCCAAGCACCAACAUUUGAACCCUCAAAAGCACCCUCCUUAAGACGCUCAGCCUCUUCUUUAGCAACAGCUCAGCAAUCCUACAAACUUACACCCAUUGCCAACCUCCUUGGUAGAAACGGAACCAAUCACAUGCUUCUUGGUUUAUUGACCAUCUCCCCAACUGGCACGCUUGCCAUCAGCGAUCUGACCGGGAGUAUUGCACUAGAUCUUACUCACGCCAAACCAAUCCCUGAAGAUGGUGCCUGGUUUGCACCUGGCAUGAUUGUUUUAGUUGACGGAACCUACGAAGAAGAAGACAAUAACACCGUGAGUCUUGGUGGUAGUGGAGGUGUUGGAGGUACAAUCGGUGGAAAGUUUAUAGGGUUCUUCAUCGGUGGACCUCCCUGUGAACGGAGAGCCGUUACCCUAGGAGUCAGCGGUAAAAACGGCGAUGGAGACAUAACAGCCGGUGGUGGAUUUGGAUGGGUCGACUUUUUAGGAGUAGGCAGCGAGCGUGCUGUAGGAUCGAAGAUGCGCAAGCUCGAGCAACGAUUGAUCAGACAGCCCACAGGAGAUGACGAACUGGGGGGCAGAGGUCGAGUAAUUAUAAUAGGGGAGGUAAAUCUUGACGAACCACGAACGCUCCAAGCCCUGAAAAAGCUCCUGGGAAUCUACGCCGCAGAGCCCGAGGAAGACACACCCAUGACCUUCGUGCUCAUGGGGAACUUUACUCAACACGCAGUUAUGGCACGAGGGGGUAGUGGCGGCAGCAUCGAAUAUAAAGAGUAUUUCGAUGGCCUCGCCUCCACACUCGCCGACUACCCAACGCUACUCCAAUCCGCGACCUUCAUCUUUGUCCCCGGCGACAACGACGGCUGGGCAUCUUCCUUCUCAGCCGGGGCAGCUACGCCAUUGCCUCGCAAAGGCGUCCCAGAAAUGUUUACCUCCCGUAUCAAACGCGCGUUCGCAACCGCCAACGCCGAAGCCGAAAAGGAGAAAGGCAAGAAAACCGACGGAGAAGCCAUAUGGACGACCAAUCCCUCCCGCCUCUCGCUCUUCGGACCCACGCACGAGAUCGUGCUAUUCCGGGACAACAUAUCCGGUCGGUUACGCAGGACCGCCAUCAGAUUCUCGUCUUCCAAACCCGCUGAAGACGAAGAGGAGAUGGGCAUGUCGCCCGUUCCGGAACCGGUCCAGGAGCCCGCUGAGAUGGAUAUCGAUACCGACGUGCAAGCCGCAGAGUCUCACGUCGCGGAACCCGCGGCCGCUGCGGAAUCUAUAUCCAGUGAUCUCCACGCGGCGCGCAAACUCGUCAAGACCAUCUUGGAUCAGGGAUACCUGUCGCCGUUUGGGAUGGCGACUCGGCCUGUGCUGUGGGAUUAUACGAGUGCGCUGCAGCUCUAUCCUUUGCCUACAGCUCUGGUGCUGGCUGAUACAGAAGCCCCUGCCUUCUGUGUCACAUAUGAAGGAUGUUAUGUUAUGAACCCGGGGAGUGUGGUUGCCCCUGGUAGGAGGGGGGUGGCGAAAUGGGUGGAGUAUGAUAUUCGGAAUAAGGCUGGGAAGGUUAGGGAAGUUCUGUUCUGA